AUGCAGGUCUCCAAGAUUGUUGUGGCGGCGGCUUCAGCCCUCUUCAGCUGCGGCAUGGCCCAGAACAAGCUGCGUAUCAUGCCAUUGGGCGAUAGUAUCACUGAAAUAACUUGCUGGCGUGCUUACGUCUGGGACGAUCUCACGGCUGCCAAUCUGUCGAGCCAUGUGCAGUACACUCAAUCUUGGGAUCAACAUAACGAGGCCCACUCUGGCUGGCUGGCUAUUGACAUUGCUAACAACUACAUCGGAACCUGGAUAAAGAACACGCCGGCGGAUAUCGUGAUGUUCAUGGGUGGCACCAACGACGCUACAAGGGGGUAUCCUACUUCGCAAAUUCUUGCUGCCUACACCAAGAUCGUACAGACGGUCCGCGCGUCCAAUCCCAAGGCCAAGUUUAUCGUUGAUAAGGUCAUCCCCCUAUCCUUUAAUAACAACGCCAUCGUCUCCAUCAACGACGCAAUUCCUUCCUGGGCUGCUGGUCUGAAUAGCACUGAGUCUCCCAUAGUCAUUGCGGACUGUUACACUGGGUUCACAUCCAACAUGCUGAGGGAUGGCGUUCACCCGAACGAACAGGGUGACAGGCUUAUCCAGUCCCGAGUCUCGCCGCACUUACUCAAUUAUGUCAAGCAGUCCCUGGGUGUCUGAGAUAUUUAGCAGUCAAGGGAGGAGUCGUCUUUGGCAGGUCGACUACUUUAAAACAUGGUUGUCACGACCUCGGGAUUCAACCCUCUUGUUGGUUGGGCUGCCGGUCUCACUGACUGCCCGUUCACGACUUUCAAAUGUUGCCAAGGAGUGCAGUGGAAGAAAUACAUACGUGGUGGGGCUUGGGUGUACCCUCUCUUCGAAAAUAACCAACAUCUUGUUUGAUAUGUCAGCAUUUUUCUCACGUACGGCAGCCUGAAACUGCUAUCCAAUCAAGGUCCCUGAUAUUGACUCACAAUGAAUCCAUUGUCCUGCUUUACAAGGCAGUGUUGGUCAUAUGACUCUAUUUUGACAGGUAC